AUGCGUACCGAGCUUUUCUCCAUCAUUGCCGCGGCACUCCUCGCCGCCACCUUCAUCACCGCUGCCCCACUACUAAAUACUCGCAUCACGGCCAAGCUCAACACAGAACCCGGCCUCUAUCCGGAUGCUGCUGGAGGCUUCGACUACAAGGGAGAUGCAGAUCUCAAGCAGGUCGGCAAGAGAGCCAAUCCUGCCUCUCCGAAGCCGAACGAGCAGGUAUUUCAUAGCCAUAAAACCACCCCUUUCUCCUCUCAUGCACAUCCUGACACAUCAUCCCAGUCCUGCGUAGCCGAAGACAGAGCCGACGGUGAAACCACGUACAAAAUCGACAUCGGCGUCAAUCCAGAUCCCGGCACACGCUGCACGGAGGUCGUGAGUGGCAUGUACAAGGCCUUACCAGCCAAGCAAUGGACCGGCUCCUACACGUGCGUGAAAGGAGAGCAGAGCAUCGCUGCGGACUUCCACAACACGAGAUUGCAGUUCGUCAUCGAGACGCAAGGGCAUGGCGGUAUCAUCAAUUCCGUGUUGCAUGGUAUCUACCCGGAGGUCAACGGGUUCAACUGUCCCGACUAUUGA